AUGCUGAAAAUGCCUCCGCGAAGCCCCAGGGUCUACCCGGUGCCCUGCUGGGACCCGCAGCCAGAAGACGCCAACCCUGCCAAGCGCCGCCGCCUCCAGGAGCCUGCCUGCCUGGGGUCGUUGGCACAGCCAGACCUGGAAGCAUCCGUCAGGCCUGCCAGCAAAGAGCUCACCUCCACGGUGGUCAUUCCCACCGGAUGUGCCAUGCAACUACACGUGGAAGGCGUCGACCUGCUGCUGGAGCCCGAACCGACCUCAGUCAGGCGAGUGUCGCUACCUGGACACACCAUCAUACUGGUCCCCGAGGGCCUCCAGGCCUCCUCCCAACCGGGACAGACUGUGUUCUGGCCCGCCGGCACGCAGGAGGCCCCUGUCCCGGACAUGCUCCAGGACCACCACGUCUUUGCCCUAGGCCAGGGAUUCAAUGGUGCCGAGAGGUAUGCUCCUUGCUCCAUCUGGAGCCUCAAAAGCAACACGCGCUGGCGUCUGCCCAGCUCGCAACUGCAGCCUCUCCCUCCAUCUCCUCCUCCAAGUCAUCAAGAACAAACCUCUGAGAGUCCUCAGAAGCCUCCACGGCCACCGUGCAAGGCCAAGAGGCGCCUCUUCUAG